GGGUGUUUGGUUUUCUUUAUUACUGGGAUUUAUAAAGGCAUCAAAACGAAUUACCUACCAUUUACCGCAGCGAGGAGGUCAACGGUAGUAACGCCAGCUGCCGGGAAAACAACCGCCACUGCUGCUGCUGCCUCAGGAUCUACCUCUUCAUCGUCGGCAUCGUCGACAGAUCUGUUGGGUUCGGGUUUUGUAGCUACAUUUGCUAGCCCUUUCUUUGGCGGGGGUGGCGGUGGCAGCGUUAAUAAUAAUAACGGCACUACAAACAAUAACAGCAACAGCAAUAAUAAUAAUCAGAACAAUUCCGUAACCUAUGCAAGUGUAAGCGCUCAAAACAGUAGCAUACCGUUACAAUCGCAACAACAACAACAACAACAACAACAACAACAGCCCUUAAUUGCCUUAACAGCCGCAAACACCUCAGCUAACGCCACAAUCAUGUCUACAUUGGGAUCGUCACCCAGCAGUUAUGAUGGUACUUUUGGAACUGGUCCGCAUGCCACAAUCGUUAAGGAAGGUUGGCUGCAGAAGCGGGGUGAACACAUAAAAACCUGGCGUUCACGCUACUUUAUAUUACGUGGCGAUGGCACCCUGAUAGGCUAUCGUAAUAAACCUACCGGCAGCGGACCAGUGGAUAAAUUGAACGAUUUCACGGUACGUGGAUGUCAAAUAAUGACUGUAGAUCGUCCGAAACCAUAUACGUUUAUUAUACGUGGACUGCAAUGGACAACAGUAAUUGAGCGUACAUUUUGCGUGGACACCGAUGAAGAACGGCAGCAAUGGACAGAUGCAAUAAGAACCGUGGCAAGUCGUUUAAGUGAAUUAGGAGAAACAGCCAUGUGUCCUUCUAAUUCGACGGAUAUGACCGAUGUCGAUAUGGCUUCCAUAGCUGAAGUGGAACUAUCUGAGAAAUUUUCUGUGCAGGGCACUUCAACACGUAACAGCGGCGGCGUAAAGAAAGUGACUUUGGAAAAUUUUGAAUUUUUAAAAGUUUUGGGCAAAGGAACGUUCGGCAAAGUGAUUUUGUGUCGUGAAAAAGCCACAGCCAAAUUGUAUGCUAUAAAAAUUCUCAAAAAAGAAGUCAUCAUACAAAAGGAUGAAGUGGCUCACACUCUAACAGAAAGUCGAGUUCUACAAACCACAAAUCAUCCGUUUUUAAUAUCUCUGAAAUAUUCUUUUCAGACAAACGAUCGUUUAUGCUUCGUUAUGCAGUAUGUGAACGGCGGUGAAUUAUUCUUUCAUUUAAGUCAUGAACGCUUGUUCUCAGAGUCCCGAACACGUUUCUACGGAGCCGAAAUCAUUUCAGCUUUAGGUUAUUUGCAUUCGCAGGGAAUCAUAUAUCGUGAUUUGAAACUCGAAAAUUUACUCCUCGACAAAGAUGGGCACAUUAAAAUCGCUGAUUUCGGUCUGUGCAAAGAAGACAUCACCUAUGGACGCACUACGAAAACUUUCUGCGGUACACCGGAAUAUUUAGCACCCGAAGUAUUGGAAGAUAACGAUUACGGUCACGCUGUGGAUUGGUGGGGUACGGGGGUGGUGAUGUAUGAAAUGAUAUGCGGACGUCUUCCAUUUUAUAAUCGCGAUCAUGACGUUUUAUUUACGCUGAUAUUGAUGGAAGAGGUAAAAUUUCCACGAACAAUAUCGGAGGAGGCUAGAAGUCUGCUGAGCGGACUUUUGCAUAAAGAUCCUACAAGGCGACUGGGGGGUGGUCCAGAUGAUGUCAGAGAAAUACAAACGCAUCCAUUCUUCGCAAGUAUUAAUUGGACCGAUCUAGUUCAAAAAAGGAUAACGCCACCCUUCAAGCCGCAAGUUACUUCAGAUACCGACACUCGCUACUUUGACAAGGAAUUCACGGGCGAAAGCGUAGAACUGACACCACCAGAUCCAACAGGACCUUUGAAGUCUAUAGCUGAAGAGCCUUUAUUCCCACAGUUCAGCUUUCAAGACAUGGCGUCAACGUUAGGUACUUCAUCGCACAUUAGCAAUUCGGCGAGCCUAGCUUCAAUGCAAUAGAAGAGCUCAACUUACAUAACAUCAGAGUGACCACAUAGUAAUCACCAUAAUCAUUAACAAGCACAUUUUAUACUUUGUGUUAAUAAAGCAUUAAAAUGGAGGAGGAAAAGAAAAAACAAAAAUCAAGCAAAUAGAGCAGUAAACAUAUGCCGUGUUCUCGUCUGCCAAUUUUCAAGCCAUUAUUAUAUAUUAAAUCAUUUAUAAAACUCCAGUAGACACAAAACACACGUAUAUAUAUAUAUAUACAUAUAUA